UAUGCCCGCCCGGGGGGGGCGUGGCCGCGCAUGCGCGCCGGCCCCUCCCCCUCCGCCAUGCGGGACCGGACGCGGGAACUGCACCAGGACGAUGCCCCCAGUGACGACGAGGACGAGCGCGUGGCCCUGGUGGGGGGGCCGCAGCCCCCGGACCCCCCCGGCACCGACACCCUGCUGCAGGCUCGGGCCGUGCGGGCGGCGCUGCGGGUGCUGGAGGAGAAGCUGGGGGCGCUGGAGCAGCAGCAGGAGGCCGUGCUGGGCACCCCCCUGCCCGACGACGGGCUGAAGCGGGACCUGCAGGCGCUGCGCGAGGAGAUCCAGCAGCUGACCCGGGACAUCGGCGCCCGCCUCAAAGGGUUGGAGCCGGGGAAGGAGGAGGAGGACGAGAACCGCAACACCAUCGGGGCGAGGGUGAAGCGCACCCAGCAUGGGGUGCUGUCCCAGCAGUUCCUGGAGCUGACGGGGCGCUGCCACGCGGCCCAGGCCCGCUACCGCCAGCGCAGCCUCGAGCGGGUCCGACGCCAGCUGCAGAUCAGUGGGUGCCCCCCCCGGGACCCCCCCCCCCAAAAAAAAAAUAAUAUCGGGGGGGGGGGGUCCCCCAAAAUCCCUGGGGGCUUUUGGGGGGGUGGCGGGAAG